UAGUCUCUGUAAGAGUAGCGUGUGUGCUCUGUUACAUUAAACUAAUUAUAAAUUUGUCGCCAUUUGGUAUUUUGUGUAGAUAAUAUAAACCCAUUGGCAUUAGUUUAGCAUUUGGAUAACUCACAUAAAGGAAAAUACAUUUACCGUAUUAGAGUGCAACCAAGGGAGUUGAAUAAUACGUAACUAUCAGAUUGCACGUAUGAGAGUACGGACACGAAGAGUACGGACAGCAUUCACUACUGAGCAACUCAAUGAGCUGGAGAAGGUGUUCUGUGACAAUAAUUACGUAUGUCGACCAACGAGAAUCAGCACUGCAUCUCGAUUAAACCUCAAUGAAAAACAGGUGAAGGUUUGGUUUCAGAAUCGACGAAUGAAGGCAAAGCACGAAAAAUUGAAAAUUGCAGCUACCAACGGCAAGAAAAUUUUAUAUCCUUCGAAAGGAAAAUUAAGUCAGUUCGUUGCCACAGAUGCCAUAAAGGGUGGAAGAGUAAACACAUCCGGAUUAAGUGCCACCGUACAUUAUCAUCAGUUACCACCAAAUCAAGAUAUGAAUGCCAAAAACGACGGUAACUGUUGUAGAAAUGAAAUCAACGACCGAACAGCAUACAGUGGAAGUAUGCCUAAUGGCAACAUUUACAACGAUUCUCCUGACGUUAAAAUAUACAAUAACAAUAAUUAUUAUUAUCAAGCGGUCGAUGGGUUCAAUAAUAAUUGUACUAAUAAUUAUAACUUUGGUUAUUAUGUAAACCCUAACGAAUUCGCAAAUUAUGACUGCAAACAGUACAAUGCUACUACUGCAUAUCCGGCUAACAAUAGUAAUUUGUACGGAGUAGCUCAGACCGCAGAUCAAACUAUUAACUCUUUUGAAGAUAUCAUACCAUCGAUUGAGUUCAACAACGAAAUCGAUGGGUUCAAUUUUUUAAGCACCGCCCUCAAUGCCUUUUAGUUUCAAUAAAUAAUAAGAUUUAACAGUUGUAGUUGUGUAUUAAGGCUGAUAUUUUUGACUCUUUAAGUCAUAUAAAUAGUCAUAUAAAAUAGUCAUAAUAAAUAAUGAUCAAGUAUUUGAUUCAUGCGUGAUAAGUGUGAAAACUCAGUGGAUAAAUUAUAAUUAACUAAUUAGUGAAGAUGUAAAAUACUAAAUUUAAUUUAAUAUCUAAUAAUAUAUUACAAAUACUAUUGAUUAUUUAGUAUGCAGUUUUUUAUACUUUUUAA